CAGCAUUUCUAGGAAACUGUUAUACAAAAUAAUAUGAAAAUUUCUCUUGCGCAUGGCGAGUUUAAUUGACAUUUGCCACUGUUGACAGUAUGUAGAUCACCCAUGUAGAAGAUUGCGAGAUGCAAGUGCAGAGUGUGGUUGCUUUACCUAACGCUUGCAUAUGACGUUUAUUACUAUGUAACCGAAGUACUUAACUAUUUACACUUCUAGUGUGUUAACACAUAAAGUAUGAGUGGAGGUGAUACGAAAUUUCGGGUGAUUUUCAAACAGGAUUAAGUGUUUACAAUGCAUGAUGGCAGUGUUAGUACAAAAUACAAACGGACAUUUACAAUCUCAGUUGACGAGAUCUUUAGAAAGAAUUUUGGAAGAAGCCCAUCAAAGUGGAGAGCUGAGAUUAAGUAAUAGGAAACUGAAGGAUUUCCCAAAAUGCAGCGAUAAAUAUAACCUCAGUGAUACAGUCAUAGCUGACCUAUCCAAAAACCGUUUUAGUGAGCUGCCAGAAGAGGUGACGUCAUUCUGUUUCCUGGAAAAGCUGUUAUGUUAUCACAAUGCAAUAAGACUCAUGCCUGACGGCUUGAGCAAUCUUCAGUGCCUCAGUUUUCUGGACCUCAGUAGGAACCAACUUACAAGUCUUCCCAGAGAAAUAUGUCAAUUACCUAUCCAGAUUCUCCUGGUCUCCAACAACAGAUUGAAGAGUCUCCCCGACGACUUGUGCAAAAUGUCACAGCUCACAGAACUAGACGCUUCUUGCAAUCAGCUGUCUCACCUCCCGCCUAGAAUGUGCGAACUGCGAAGCUUGAAAUCUCUCAUUCUCAGAAACAACUUACUUUUGGCCUUACCUAUCGACAUCACGCUUCUGAGCCUGGUCAGGCUGGACCUGAGGGCGAACAGACUCGGCACGUUGCCGGUAGAACUGAAAGAGAUGGAAUCGAUGAUAGACUUACUUCUCGAGGAUAAUCCGUUUACAAGUCCGCCUGCUAGUCUUUGCAAAAGGGGCCGUGUGCACAUCUUCAAAUACCUGGAAACUGAGGCUUUGAGAUUGGAGGCUAAAUGUGGAGGAUUCACGGCGGGAGGCACAUUAGGAAGAAGAACAAAAAAGACUGGCGGGUCACCAGGUCCCACACACUUUGAUAGACUGAAACAGAAACGUUACAAUGUAGAUAGCGGUUAUAGUACUAGUAGCGAUGACAAAAGAUGGUCACAGGAAAUAACAGGUGACCUUGACAAACCAUGGACGAAUUCCAAUCCAUCAGUAGCUUCAACUCGCACAGAACUUAACGGAACAACUUCUUCUUUAUCAACACCUUCUACAAUUAGUCCUGGACCUGAAAAUGGCGAAGAUGACUCCGAGAAAAAGGACGAAAAUAAGAGUUUAGGCGAAUUGAGUGCUCGUCUAAGUCCAAUAAUUGAUCAUAACAACGUUAACCACAGCAAUGGUUUAGAAGAGAAAAUGAAACCUCUUCAUCAAAUACAAACAUACAGGGAAUACAAGGAAGCUUUAAAACAACAACGAGCACAAGAGGUUGCUUCUGUUUACAGAACCAAAGAAUCAGAAGAACACUCUUACAAAACAGAACCAAAUACACCAACGCACCACUCUUCGCCUCAGUCCUCUAUGGCUACCUCAAAAUCCGACCCCACUCCCCUAAACUCAGUCUUGGGUAGUCCCAAGAAAAUAUUCGACGAUACAAGUAAAAAACCAGUGCAAAAAGUUCAACCGUCUAGAAAUACCUCGUUCUCCCCAAAUCACAGUUAUACGAAUGGAAAUGGUACAAACAUAGACCAUAUUAGGACUUCUAAUUCAAGUAGCCCACAAUUCAUCCAAGACUACGUUAAGCCAACUUCACCUUUCAAAACAAACUCCUCCGGUAUAUUAUCCCACGAUAACGUUCCUUCCGGUAAUAACAAACAGACGGUCAAUCCUGCAAUGAAGAACAGUCUGAAUGGCAGUGGAAACGUGAAAAAUGUGAAUGGUGUGAACAAAGGCAAUUCCAGAAGUAUAUCCUGGAAUCCGGAAGUGAUACCCGACAAAAUGACUUUUACAAUGAGGAGAGAAAUCGACAAGGCCAGGGAAGAAACUGAUUUGAUCAAUCAAUUAAGAAACGUAAUUGAAGCCCGAUUGAAAAUGGCGCUGCCCAAAGACUUAGCCUCUUCAUUGACAGACGGUGUUGUUUUGUGUCAUUUGGCCAACCAUAUCAAACCUAGAUCUGUCGCUAGCAUUCAUGUUCCUUCACCUGCAGUUCCGAAACUCACAAUGGCCCGAUGUAGGAGAAAUGUCGAUAAUUUCAUUGAAGCUUGCAGGAAAAUUGGUGUUGACGAGGGGCGGCUGUGCAGCACCCUAGAUGUGACUGAGGCCUUAGAUGGACGCGGUCUACCCCGUCUCUACGACACUGUCGUGGCCCUGUGCGAUCAGGUCGAGAUGGAAAGAAAACCGAUGCCUCGUCAGAGUAGCACCCUGCAGGACACCACAGUCUCACUCCUACUGCUGGCAGUUUUCUUUGGGACUUUGGUAUUUCUGAUAACGUUUCCACCACCACCGUAAAAUGUUUUCGAUCGAUUUUCCAGCUUUUGCGACAGUAGAAAAUUGAGUUGAGUUUAGCCAAACUCAGUUAUUUCCCCCAUCUUCAUCUAUUCUUGAGAAAAAAAUAAAACACCUUUUUUUUUAGAGAAGCAUUGCUUUCGAUCGUUAAAGGAUCAUUUUUCUCGUCAUUCCAAAAUCAGAACCAAGUAUCGAAAUAAAAUUUAAACAGGUUUUUUGAUGCAUAACUGAGGCCUUGAGAAUAGUAUGAACUUUCUUCAGUACUGAAAAAAAGUGUCUUUAACUAAGAUUGAAAAACAACAAAUUUAUAUUUUGUAAUGAACACUUCCAUUUGUUGCUUUCUUGCGAAAUUUUAUAUUGUACUAAUAUAUACAAAAAAAAUAUCUGAACAUUCAUAUCUUUUUUGAUAUCAAGAAUGUGUAUAUUACAUUCUGUAGUACUCGAAUAUUUCCCAUUAGUGUUAUAUACAAAUAACCAAUUGUACUUGAUAGUCUUUAAAACAUUCCAUAUUUAUAUAUUGCUUUUUUGAGGUAUUCUUUUACCCCGCUUCUCGUCGAAUUUUGAUGAUAAAUUGUGAUUUUUUAUGCUUUUUGAAGGUGCCUAUUGUGAAAUUUAAGGAAUUGUUUGAUGCUAAACGUAGAUCGUUUUGGAUAUAGGUUAGGGAGCGUAUUUAUGGAAAAAUUGGUUGAUAUAUUAUUGAAUCUAUUUUUUUGUUGAAUGUUGCCAAAUUAAUUGAAUAGCAAAUUCGAAGUUUUUCUUUAUUCAAUGUUCAAUAUUCUUCUUCAAAGGUUUUGGAAAUUUCAAAGACCAACUUCUUUUCACUAUCUAAACACAUCUUUUAUUUUCUCUUUAAUUUUUACAUAUUAUUGUCACAUGAAACCUUCAUGUGUAGUUUUGAUUAGUAAAAUCUGUUCAGUGAAAGAAAAAUGUCUUGAACUUUUAAUUGUAUGAAAAAAGAAAACAUUUUGGUAUGUAUUUGUGAAAAGCUCUGCACAAUCAUUAGAACUCUCUGCAUUGUGAAUUGAAUGUCUUGAGAACCACCAAAAAUAUUGAAAUAUUCAGAAAUAUUUGAAGAAACAACAAAAAUUAUAAACUAUUUUUUUCCUCCUUUUCUGCAGAAUCUUUUAUAUUGUUAAGAUGUUCAAAGUGGCAAAGAAAAUUACUUCGGUGAUUUUUUGUAUUUGUUCAGAUUUUUUAUAAAUUGAGGAAAUAGUAUCAGUAUUAAUGUGGCAAACUUUCAAAAAAUCCUCUACCUCUUUGAUUCGAAAUCAGUAAAAAAAAAAACAGUGAUACCAAAGUUAAAAUACGUUUUUAUUUGAUAAAAUUUUUAAUUUUAUUAUCUGUCAAACUGAGAGAUUGAAAUAUAUAAUAAGAAUUAAUUAUAAGCGAAGGAAUGAUAAUAUUUUGUUGAGUAAGGCAGCUAGCUGAUGUGUUGCAGUAUUUAUUAGUAUUUUGAAUUUUUUUUCACCGUCCUAAAGACAUGGUACUUUGAAUAUAGAAUAAAUAUAAUCGCUAUAUUCAUUUGUGUUCUGAAUGGGUGCAUUGUACCUGUUUACUUGGAAUCUGCUGUAGUCGCAUCCUAUGUGCUGGGUAUUUUGAACCAACAAUAUUUAAUUAUAAUUGAAAAUGUCUAGUCAUUACUUUCCUUCAGUAUUAUUCGCAAACAAAGACUGUUUUUCCGAAUUUUCCUUAUUAGUAUUUUGCAGAAUCUCAGAUCUUUAUUUGCGUAAUGGGCAAAUUUUGUGCAUUUAAGUUUAUUUAUAGUAUCUUAUUUAAUUUUGUUGUACUUUCUUAUUCCGUAAGGUUGAUUUGUGUACAAGUUCAUUGCUUUUAUUUAUGGAGAAGUUUAUAUUUGUUUAAUUUAAUUGAUAAUUUUAGUUGUGUUUCAGAGUUUGUUUUUAUAAUAUAAUUUUGCAGGUGAAAUAAAUAUUUGAAUUGGA